AUGUCUCACACAUGCAAUGCUUUGAUUGGUACCACCAACCAAGGUCACGGGCCGGCACGCAACAUUGGUGUCAGGUUGAAAAAACUUUCUACCAAUUCGAUGCUUCCCAACUAUUACGAUCCGGACGACGACGUUCUGCCAAAAGGGUCCCCUCUACUUCAGCCAGUCCAGGUUCGAAUUAAGCUUGAAACGCCUGAUGGGCCGGCUGACGAGUUGGACCCCGAAGACUUGGAUAAACCAUGGAGUCCAGCUCUCCUAGACCAAAAGAGACUGAUUAGGAGGUUUUCUAAUCGCUUGUACAAAAGAAUGAGAAUGGAGGAUAAAGCUCGGGUGGACUGGGCACUUCUUCAUCACAUGAGUGGCAAAGACCCGGACAUGACAAGUGCGGAAGCCAGGGAACCUCUACCAUCAAAUGAUCCUGGAUGGAGACCCCCUUCAAACUUACGACGUCCCAGGAAACGGCGAGUCCUUCCACUUGUUUUGCAAGACCCAUUAGGUAUUACUGUAAAGCUUGAGGCAUGUGCUGAUAGCGGGUCUGACGAGAACAUCAUCUCCUUAGAGGUAGCGAGACAGAUGAAGCUUCAGAUAAGACCCGAGGGAGCCAGGCAAUUUGCACUCGCCAACGGAAAGGUUGUUGAAGCAGUAGGGUCGGUAAAAUUAGACUGCGGAUUCGCGGUCGGGACACCCUUACCUUCUGAUACUGUCGCAUGUCUUUUUUACGUUUUCAACACUUUGGCCGUUCCUUUGAUCAUGGGUAUGGGCUUUCUGACUGAGACCAAGACAUUGAGUGAACAUACAGAUCGACUUAUUGAACAGGUCGUUUCUGAGAUGCAAGCUCUCAAGGUUAACAGUGUUGGAAACACCAAAUGUAGCGCCCCCUGUCGUCUCAAUGAUCUUGCUGGACAUGCCGUCGUUGACACUGGUUCGGACUUGAACUUCGUGCAUCCAAGGAUUGUGGAAGAGGGCAAGUUCGUGAUCGAGCCCGCUUCAGUUUAUCUCGAGUUCGCUGACUGCAGUAUCGGAACGACCUCCGGCGUCAUCAAUACUACUUUCUCUAUCGGAUGCGAAGAUAAGCCAAAGCUGAAUCGAUCUCUAGCCGACCAACAGUUCUAUAUCUUAGACAAUCUCAACACUGAUAUUCUGAUCGGCCAGAACACUACUGAGGACUUACAAGUGAUGACUUCGCUGCAUGAGGCACUUGAGAUAGUGUCAGCAGGCUCGGCAGUCAACAUCAUUCGAUUAAAAGGGAAUCUUGAACAGCGCAUCAGAGACAUCGGAAGGCACUUCCGGAAUGUGAUUUCCACGUCCAGUCAGCAAAAAGAUGACGACACUAACCAAGUGGGUUCUACUGAGCUACAAGCUCAGCGGGAAAAUGCACAGAUGGAAGAGGUAUUUGAGAAUGCCAUUAUACCACAGUUGCUAUCCGCCAUCUUACUGCCGAAUUCCAAUCAGGAAUCAAAUACAUCUUCCCACCCACGCCAUGCAUACGCACCUUCAACAGCAGCUACUUAUGAUUCUACAGCGACUUCCAUCGUCAAUAGGAUAUCAGAUACAGGGUCAACGCCUGGUUCAUACUCAUGUGCUGUCCCAGGGUGUAACGCUACGCCUUUUCAAAAUCAGUACCUUCUCAAUGCCCACAUGGAAAUACAUCAAUCCGCGAGGCCUCGGCGCACGACUCGUCUGGACACAUAUGCCCCUUUUGCCCGGAUCGCGAGCACAGAUAUCCGAGACCGGAUAACUUACGACGGCAUAUUCGUGUUCAUCAUCCUAAUAAGGAGCGGGACGACCCCUUGCUUCGGGAUGCUUUAG